AUGUUUCGUCAGCUUCAAACACCUUCUGACGCCAUUCCGCGGAGAAGCAGAUUGCAUCAACAACAAUCGCGUAAAAAGAAGAAGCUCAUCAAACAGGUCGACAAACCAAUAAUUACCCCACGCUAUACUAGGCGCCACUUCGAGGAGCUCAACCAAAACAUUCUAGCAUUUACACGCACUGCGCAGAAGAACAACAAGUCAGAGCGAGGGCGCGAGCUCGAGAGAGAUAGAGUCGAUCAGCAAUGGACGCGUUUGAUACAAAGACUUUAUCCGGCGGAUGACCCCAAAAGUUAUGAACUUCUGGCUCAGGUCGAAUGCCCGCUGUACAACGGAUACUGGGAAAAGCGUGCAGAUGAGAAAGCCUUCUUCGAACGAGAAUACCAAUCCGAGCUCUAUGCGUUCAGCAAAGCUCGACAAAACCCGACUCGGGCUCAGAAGCGGUACUGGCCCGGCUGUAUCCUUAUGGAGGACAACGAGUGGAAUGAAUACGUGAUCCCAAGGGUCUCGCUUCUCGCGCUACAGCAAGUCAACUACAUGGACUUCGUAAAGAGCGUUCUGCAAGCGAAUCCACUCAAGGACAUUUCAAGAUUCACGAUGCAAGAGCUCUGGGUGGCGGUCGUCACGAAGGUCUAUCAUUUUGAGGACCCUUUGGACAAAGAGUUGAAGAUUGGGGAGACCAAUGAGUGCACCCCAGCGGCGUACCGCGCGUUGGCAGCGGACUAUCGAAGCGCUUAUGAGGUUGCGAAAGCGAGGGUAGAGGCCAAACAGAUUCUGCGAGAAGACAAAAAGCGAGAGCGCGACGAUGCUGCAAGCGAAGAAGAUGGGAAUGGUAGUGGUGAAGACUGGGUGAGAUACGAAGAGCAUGGGAAGCAUAACCAUGAUGGUUGUGCAGGGAAGCGGCAGAAGACACAAGACACCAGGGACCAAGCUGAAUCAACUAGAAAAGAGAAAGAAACUCCAGGUCAGCAUCUCCGGGCAGAGCAAGAGGACGUUGGCGCCUUUCAUUUCGACGAGGCUGCCUGGCAAGAUUUUGGAGGAAAGCAAGGCGCACCGGCCACCUUCCACUUCGCAGAUACAGGGCUGGCAUUUCGUUUCAAAGGGUAG